AAGUCAGGCGAUACACAUAUUUGACACAUAGCGUUUUAAUAACCUUCCCCUCUCUCCACCCACGAUGUUUCUAUUUUGGUAAGAUGAUGAAAUAAAGGAGCUGAGAAAAACUCGUCGUCAAUAGUGAGAAGAAUGUGACCUUAGACAAAACAAAUGGGUGCAGUCGCGUCUGACUCAUGGUCAUGGGUGCUGUUUCGCAAUGAAGGGAGACAGCAAUGACUAAGAAGAUAAUAUUAAACUCACUCCAGUGCAGUGCCACUGUCACUUAAGAAAGUUAUUUAUCAAACAACGGUCGAACCGUUAACACCCGGUGCUCACAGAUAACUCAACAGUUAGGAAAUUCUAAUGUGAUUUAAAGCGCUUCUUCACAUACUGAUUUGAUCAAGUGUCGAACACUGUUUCAAUUUGUGAAAAUUGAGCUUUCCACAAAGGAAUAAUUUCAGAAAGAAAGAUGAAGAUCAUGCCGUUUCUCCUGUUUUCAAUUCUGCUGUGCACGGCCUGUGCAGUCACAAGUGACGAAUCGAGCUGUGAAACGACCUUUAACGAGGACUGCAUUAAGAAAGUAACAGUCACAAUCAAAGGAAAGUGUUUUGAACAACGCAGACCAUUUCACAUUCUCUAUGAUUCGUCUGGACAGCAAAGAAGAACAGUUGCUACACUGAAUUAUCAAGAGAAGUACACAUGCGAUUCAGUUAAAGAUUUCAUCUGCAAUGACAUGAUGAACAACACCUUCGUUAUUUCCACGGAAACUAGUGUAUCAUGUAUGAACGGAAAUGUAACACUUUCUCCAGAUGGAGACCUAGACAUCGCCUGUCAGCAAAGUAAAGAAAAAUUGAGGCCAUUAGGAGCGAAUAUAGAACUUCAGGCACAGAAUGGAACUAUUUAUGCCACUCAAGACCAAACCAAUAGUGACGCGGCUAUUGGGGGGAUAAUUGCUGGCUUAGUUGGUCUCUCGGCUGUCGUCAUAAUUGUACUUUUGCUGAUUUUCUUCCUUCGACAGAAGAAAAAGAAAAUGCACACGCAAAAUUCCCCUAGUAACGAAGGUUGCGGUGGACCAAAAGAAACAGAACAACAAAGCUUCCUUGAGAAACCUGUGCAGAAACCAGGCAGGAAGAAACAAACAUUGUUCAGGCCCAACAGAUAAGGAAGAGGAACGUUGGUUUUUUAUGCCAUGUGCGUCUAUCAACGGCAUAUUACGGAAGGAGAUGUUGCCAGUAACACUGACCAGUUGAAUGUCAAAGGAAAUUAAUUUGUUCUACCUUCAACUGCUGUAGAAAUGAAGAACACUGAAAUAACUGUUUUCCAGUGACACUGUAAGGUCAGCAUAUCGGUGUGCUUGGUCGAAAUCUACCGAUGAUGUGCACAGAAGCUAAUUUCAUCUCGACGUUGAAGAGGUUGGAAAUAAUAGGUGAUAAACGGUGAAAAGCCUCACGGCUAAUAUACUAAUAUACAUCACAUCAUAUCAACCUAUCUUGUACAUGCAGAGAAAGGACAACAUGUCCGCGACAAGACUGAAUCCAGGGCACGUACACAAUCUUUACUGCAUUGUAUGCCGGGUACUUACUCGUUACCCAACCGGACCAUAUCUUGGCAUGGGAGACACUUUAGUGUCACAGAGCAAAGUGUCCCUGUCUUCUUAAUCUUAAAAUUGACUGUUUAUACAUAAGUAAUAUUUAUGGGAUUUUUUCUAACUUGGAGCGUGAAGCAUAAUAAGUCAGAUCGGUUAAAUGACCCGAGAUAUUAUAUAUCUACAAUAUUGAACAUCACCAACACAACUCUUUUACUAAUUUUUUCUCCCUCUCAAGACAUCUUUGAAAGUGUGCUUCUUUGUCAAGUCAAGGCAGAAAAGAUUUUGUCGGUUGAAUACAAUAUUAUAAUAUUAAUAGCUCAUACUGUGCUGCUUUAGUUCUUAAUGACUUGUUUAAGAUGAUUACAGACUAUUUCUCCAUGUCAAACUGCUUAAUCUCGUCGAACCGAGACUGCCUUUGACACACACAGUGUGCGUAGGACUUAUUACAGACAACUAAGUAACUAAGAACUUAUGUCACUCCUCGUAGUGAUGGCUGUUGUGGUCACAACGACAAUGACAAACGAUUGUUAUAAUAAAGUAAUGAGAUACAGUGA